AUGGCAGCCGGCAGAAUCCUGGUUCUUGGAGCAACCGGCCCGGCUGGUAUAUGUCUGCUCCGGGAGCUGCUGCACCGAGAUCAACCAACCACCGCCUACGUACGGAAUCCCUCGAAGAUACCCACAGAACUCGCCUCGAGUCCUCUUCUCAAAAUCAUAAAAGGUGAAAUCACCAAUGCCGCCACUCUGUGCUCAGCCAUGUCUACAUGCAAAGCUGUUCUCUCUCUACUCGGCCCUCAAAUCACUGACGGCAGGAACCUGGCCUUUGACCCAACUUCGUUCUCGACAGCUUAUGCGGAAGUUAUCUUCCCCGCCAUGCGCAAGAACAGCAUCCGCCGUAUCUUGGCCAUGGGCACGUUGACUAUUGUCCAGCCCGACGACAAGUGGUCUGCUUUCCAUCUCAUAGUGCGCUUAUUCAUGAAACUGUUCUCUGGGCGCGUCAACGAGGCCAUGCAAUUAAUCAAGGCCACGUUUGAGGGGACCACUUCUACUAGCAAGGAUAUCGACUGGACCGUGUUCCGCAUUGCGCAGAUCCCAGGGGAGGCGGACGAAGCGAGCUGGAAGCGCGACAGGGAGGAAUGGCCCGUCUUCUCGGGCUCAAUUGCUGAAAAGGGCUGGACGACCUCUAUCAAGCGAGCGGCGCUGACGAGGUGGAUUGUUGAGAUGACGCUGGAUGAGAAGGCUGGUGGUGUAUGGAUCGGCAAGAUGCCGGCGGUCAGCAAGGCGGCUUAA